UUUGUGUUGUGUUGUGAAUUGUACAUAAGGAGCAUCUGGGAAGAAGCAAUGUCACGCAAUUAAAUCGUCCAGAUGGAAUAUUUUUAUUUGCUUUUGGCUUCUUUUUUUCUCUUUUUGGUUUGCUGUAAUGGGUUAUAAAGUUUGAUUCAUUUCCCUUUUACUUUUGUAUCUUUUUUCUGUUUCUCCUUAGACAGUAGCAUUCUUUUUUAUUGAAAUAUUAUUAGCACCCGUGAAGUCAUCAUUGGUUUUGGGGUCUGCACCUGAAAAGUGAAAAUUGGUUCUUGAUUUUGGAUGACACCCCCAAAAAUUAUUGUGAGGUGCUGAUUGUUGUGUUCGAUGCCUGGUCUGGCCAUGGAUGAAUUCAAUGUAAAUAAUGCAGCAGAGGAACCAAGUGGGAGUUAUAAGGAAAACUUUGCUCAACAAGCAUCACCAAGGAGUACACUGAGUCCAAGAAGCAUUCAGAGUGAUUCAAUUGAUUUGGCAAUUGAUGGAGUGGUGGAUACCUCAAUUGAGCAAUUGUAUCACAAUGUGUGUGAAAUGAGGAGCUCUGAUCAUUCACCCUCAAGGGCUAGUUUCUACUCUUAUGAUUAUGAUGGUGAGUCCAGGAUUGAUUCAGAACUAGGCCAUCUUGCUGGUGAUAUUGUGGAUUUGGAGAUCACAAAGGAGGUGGUUACAGAGAAUAAAGAGGACUACAAUGGCAAUGCUAGUGGCAAAACUCCUGAGAAAGAUGUUGUUGUGUCAAAGAAGGAUGAAAAAGUCAUUGAAGGAUCAUCCAAGGCAACUCCUAAGAGGAGCGAAAAGGGUGUCAAAAAAGCGAACAGUGCUAAUUACCGGACAGGGAAGCAUAGGAGGCACCUUGGUUUGAAGGCGAUCGAGGAGCGUAUUGCUGCAGGGUUAGAUAAUCCUGACUUGGGACCAUUUUUGCUGAAGCAAACAAGAGAUAUGAUCUCCUCAGGUGAGAAUCCCCGAAAAACGCUUGAUUUCGCUCUUAGAGCUUUGAAAUCAUUUGAGAUUUGUGCAGAUGGGAAACCAAGUUUAGAUAUGGUAAUGUGCCUGCAUGUCUUGGCUACAAUAUACUGUAAUUUAGGACAGUACAAUGAGGCCAUUCCGGUUCUGGAGCGUUCAAUUGAUAUUCCGGUGUUGGAGGAUGGCCAAGAUCAUGCACUGGCUAAGUUUGCAGGGUGCAUGCAAUUGGGAGACACUUAUGCAAUGAUGGGGCAGAUUGAGAAUUCCCUGCUGUUUUAUACAGCAGGUCUUGAGAUUCAAGGGCAGGUCUUGGGGGAAACAGACCCGAGAUUCGGUGAGACGUGUCGCUAUGUGGCCGAGGCACAUGUUCAGGCACUGCAGUUUGAUGAGGCUGAGAAGCUGUGCCAGAUGGCUCUUGACAUUCACAGGGGAAAUGGAGCUCCUGCUUCCAUCGAGGAAGCUGCUGAUAGGAGACUAAUGGGGCUUAUCUGUGACUCAAAGGGUGAUUAUGAAGCUGCUCUAGAGCAUUAUGUUUUGGCAAGCAUGGCUAUGGCUGCAAAUGAUCAUGAAGUAGAUGUGGCUUCAGUUGAUUGCAGCAUAGGUGAUGCCUAUUUGGCGUUGGCGCGCUACGAUGAGGCAGUGUUUUCUUAUCAGAAAGCACUCACUGUGUUCAAAUCAACAAAAGGAGAGAAUCAUCCAACAGUUGCUUCAGUCUAUGUGAGGUUGGCUGAUCUGUACAACAAAAUUGGCAAGUUCAAGGAGUCUAAGUCUUACUGUGAAAAUGCACUCAGAAUUUUCGGGAAGAUCAAGCCAGGGGUCCCCUCAGAAGAGAUUGCUAGUGGCUUGAUAGAUGUUGCUGCAAUCUAUCAAUCCAUGAAUGAUUUGGAGAAAGGAUUGAAGUUGCUCAAAAAGGCCUUGAAGAUAUAUGGCAAUGCUCCUGGUCAGCAAAGCACUGUUGCAGGAAUUGAGGCCCAAAUGGGGGUUAUGUAUUACAUGCUUGGGAACUAUUCUGACUCUUACAACAUCUUCAAAAGCGCCAUCGCCAAAUUUCGCGCCAGCGGAGAGAAGAAAACUGCUUUGUUUGGGAUUGCUUUGAACCAAAUGGGCCUUGCCUGUGUGCAGUGUUAUGCUAUAAAUGAGGCAGCAGAUUUGUUUGAAGAGGCCAGAACUAUAUUGGAAAAAGAAUAUGGUCCUUAUCAUCCAGACACCUUAGGGGUCUAUAGCAAUCUAGCAGGCACCUAUGAUGCAAUGGGAAGAGUGGAUGAUGCCAUUGAAAUUUUGGAAUAUGUAGUUGGCAUGAGAGAAGAGAAGCUAGGAACAGCAAAUCCUGAUGUGGAUGAUGAGAAACGUAGGUUGGAAGAGUUGUUGAAAGAAUCCGGCAGGGCACGGAACAGGAGAUCAAGAAGAUCAUUGGAAACUCUUCUUGACACCCACUCUCAGCUUGUGAAAAACAAUGGCAUUAAGGUCCUAUAAACCUGUGGUUGUAUAUAAAAACAAGAUUAACUAUUUUUCCUCACUAUGAUCAUUGCUUGCAUAUUUGGCCGGGGAAACAAUAACAAAGUGGAAGUAGGUUUCCACUAUCCAAUUGUUUGUUACUAAAGGAUGUUCACAAAAGUUACUUCAUAUAUGUCUAUUUUCUAUAGUGAAGAGGAAAUUCCGGUUAUUCAUAUUUUUCCUUGUAUAAUUGAAUUUAUAUAAAUGGUGGAAAUUCAAAUUUCUAUGCAUA